CAUGAAUCGCGGCGUCGGACGGGUUGAACAGGCGGUCACCGGCAAUGGACUGUCGACAUCGAUUAGUGGACAAGCCAUGCACUUUUGUAGCGCAAAUACAACGCUUGAACACGCUUGCCUCCAGGACUCCAGCUUGUUACAGGGCAUGGUUGACUUCUCAACCGACCGCGCCAUACAGAGGCGCCCGCCCCCUCCCUCUCGCUCUCUUUCGCCCAGUUUCAUGUCUGACCUCUCCCCACACCGGCCAAUCCAAUGCGCCUGAUCGCCCGUCUCCACUCUGUCCUGUUGACUCGCGCGCGCAGAACAGGUGAUAGGAACGCGUGGAUGCAAGAGAGUGCGCUAUAGAACAUUACGAAGGACUUUUGGCGUGUUUUCUCUUCAAACUUGCGUUCGGCUCGACAUCGAUACCGAGACAUUGACCAUCGUCAGGUCGAAUGACGCUGGUCUUGGCCAUGGUGCACGAUCAGCAGAUACCACCCUAAAUGAGACAACAUUCGAGUCCCGAGGGGUCUCAUGCCGGCUCAUUACCUGUUGCGCGACCCAGCAGCGAAACCGCCAGACGUCAGCAUCACCAUGAAAACAGCGACAUGAUUGCGUACCAGCCCGGCCAAGUCAAGCAUCCUGCUAUCCCAGUACGUGCUCGUCCGCAACAGCCCAAGCGCAGUAUCCUCUUCGUCGAUUGUGCACCUGGCGGCGUGUCCGGAAGAAACUCUGAUCCCGGGACACAUAAAGUAAGAAAAGAUGUACGUUCCCAUGCAGCCACAGCGAGCGCUGCCAAACGCAAAGCGACGAUCGCGAAGAAGGAAGCGCAGCAGAAGUUGCUGCACAUGCACCGUCUCGGCCUUCCCGUGGAACAGGCUAUCGAUCAGCUUGCCAUCCAGCGACUGAGACCUGCUGCUCCAGCACCGCUGUCGAAUUCUUUCAAACAACUAGUUGAACUGGUCACCGAGCUGCAGGGCGAUCGAGUGUGGUAUCUCGGCCCCGUAGAGCGGUCUUCUCUCGCACAUAAGGCUCUCCGAAGCAUCUUAUGGGAUGCAAUGCUCAACAGCGCGACAUUGUUCCAGGCGGCUGCAUUCGUCGCAGCGACUCACUGCAAUUCCUGCGGGCUACCAAGUACAGCUGUUCACAUGGGCAGUGGUCUGAUCUUGUUGCGAGGCGCCUCUUUCAACGCGGUCCAAGCCGCGAUUACCUCGUCAAAUAACGAUAGCUUGACACCUGUCGGUAUCGCCCUCCUGGCGGGCUGGGAACGUCGAUACGGCGAUCCGGAAUCAUUUCAGGUCCAUAUGCAGGCAUGGAGGAGCCUGUCCCUUCCCCCCAAAGCGCUCGACGAGAAUCACGUCGCGACACUGACCGAUCUUACGCUGGAGACUCUCCGCGAAGCGCUAGAUGAACGGGCGGAGGCUUCCUCUGGCGGCUUCAAGAUUGUGAAAAGUCCUCAAGUCAUCCUUGAUCUCACUACCCUGCCGCCUGGUUUCAAGGCUUUCCACGUGCGAAAUGCCGAAGCGCGCAGCUUGCUGGAGAUUGUCAGCCUCUUGACUCGCAUCGACCCUCGUGCGAGCGAUGCCAUCGAUCAGCUACGGAGAAUAUCUCUUGAGAAUCUUGCGUGGAGUCCUCAUCACACACAUUCCUCGACGCCCUCUGCCGCGCACGAGGACGCGUGGGACCAACUCGAGUUGAAGGCUUUAUAUCACGUACGCGCUGCGAUGAUCUCCUUGAUUGGCCUGACCUUGCAGAACAGUAUGGACCUGCAUGGUUCAGUAUGGACAUUCGACAUGAAGAGCGCUCUGUUGGUUCACACGACUUCCUGUCAGCAUCUCAACAGUGAGAUCCUCAUGGACACCAAGUACAAGGAGGUCGCAGUCUGGUCGCGAUUCAUUAUGUGCGCGACGUCAUUCGAUCCGCAGCGCGAUGCCUUGAUCCGAGACUUCUUGCAACAACUCGAUAUCACGACAUGGAGCCAGAUGAGAAAACUGCUGAGAAAAUUUAUAUAUUACGAGCCGAUCUUCGAGCCAUCCUGCCGGGCCUUCUUCGAUCGUCUAUCAGGGCCGUAUAUUGACGAGCUACGGCGUUUUACGGAAGUUGGGUAAGCCGCAACAAACGUCGUACGCGGCUACUUACAGCGAAAUUGGGGUUCGUUUUGGAUGCGGUGUCAAUCUUGGAAGGCACACAAUAGUGCAAAAAAGCAUUCGGUUUCCAACUCAUUUCGGUCGAUUCGGAUAGGGCACUCCGACAGCCUGGUAUGUACUAGUUGACAUUCUAUUCUACUUUGAAAGCGACAAAUAUCAUAUCAUUCAUUAGCCAGACAAAUAUUGGACGAGUCAUUGAUCGAUGCCUCUACUGCUAUUCAAAAAUAAUUGAUCCAUGG